CCAUUACCGCAGCCACAGCCGGACCCAAACCCGCAGCCACAGCCAUUGCCGCAGCCUCUUCCACAACCACAACCACUGCCGAACCCAAACCCGCAGCCACAGCCUUUACCACCACAGCCUCUGCCACAACCACUGCCGGGCCCAAACGCGCAACCGCUGCCAUUACCACAGCCCCUGCCACUACCACCGCCGGGCCCAAACGCGCCACCGCUGCCAUUACCGCCGCCUCUGCCCCUACCACCGCCGGGCCCAAACCCACAGCCGCUGCCGCAACCGGAUGCCCCAGGCUCAUAUCCGCAGGUACAACCGUUGCCGGACUCAAACACGCCCGGCCGACAGAAUAACGCACUACAGGGACCACUUGGAAAUGGCGCAGCCCCAGCCUUAUAUUCAUGCGGUGCAACCUACAUACAUAUAUUCUCCAUGGGUUUAUUAUUGUACUAUUUUGUUUAGAUAAAGUGACGCUUGUUCAUGUAAAUAGAUUUACUAUUUCUCUAGACUACAUAAAAAUAAUGUAUCGAUUGGGCAUGAUAUCUCUGUAUUGACAUUUAUACUAGUAUAUUAUUUGUAAUAAAUUUUUAUAUGGUUGUACAAGUAGUUUGUGUACUUAGAAAAAGCAGAACCAUUUGUGUAUGCAUUUGAUACACAUGUCGUUCUGGUAUUUUUAGUUAUAUCUCUGAUC